CAAUUCUAACAUAAUUAUACCUUCACCACACAGUCACAAUCACAAACAAUGGCGCUUUCAGUAUCAUCUUCUACUGCUGCAAUUUACCAAGCAGCUUAUCUCAAGCCCAGCCCACCCAAAAUUCAACAAUCUUUAAGACCCAAAGGACCCAAUUGCGUGAAAUGCAAUUUAACAUCUGGGUGUGUGAAAUCUUGGGCUGCUUCGGCGAAUUAUGUGAAACUUCAGAUGGGAUGUGGAGAAUUUGCUGAGAGGAGUAUGGCUGUUGGUCGAUUGUCGCAGAAAAGGCAAGUGAAUUGUUUAGGAAAUGUAAAGUGUGCAACUUUAGAAGAUAUUGAAGCUGAGAAAUCGUUGAUUGAGAAGAAUGUUAAAGAAAGAAUGGAAAAGACUAUUGAAACUGUUCGAGCAAAUUUUGGCUCUAUUAGGACCGGACGAUCGAAUCCAGCAAUGCUUGAUAAAAUUGAGGUGGAGUACUACGGGACCUCUACAAGCUUGAAAAGCAUAGCUCAAAUCAGUACUCCUGACUCAAGUUCUCUUCUGGUGAAUCCUUAUGACAAAUCUAGCUUAAAGGCUAUUGAGAAGGCGAUUGUGAACUCUGAUCUUGGUAUAACUCCAAGCAAUGACGGAAAUGUGAUACGCUUGUCUAUUCCUCAGCUAACAGCUGAUAGAAGAAAGGAAUUAACAAAAAUGGUUGCAAAACAGGCUGAGGAAGGCAAGGUGGCAUUAAGAAAUAUAAGAAGAGAUGCCAUUAAAUCUUAUGAUAAACUUGAAAAGGAGAAAAAGCUCUCGGAAGAUAUUGUAAAGGACUUGGCAAGUGAUUUACAGAGAGUGACUGAUGAAUAUAUAAAGAAGGUUGACUCCAUCUUUAAGCAGAAAGAGAAGGAACUAAUGACAGUUUAGAAGCAUCUCUGCAGUCGUAAAUUCGUGAUACCUACGUGUUCUAAAACAGUCAUCGAAAGCCUGAAAGGUUACUUUCCCAUCAAACUGCUCACACAAAUCUUCUGUUUGCAAUCACUUGGCCUCUUGAUUCGCAAGUUUUUGUAAGAAUGUAUAUUAAACAGGAAAAAAAAAACUUUUAAUUUUUUAUUCUCA